AUGCAGUACAUUUCCAAUGAGCAGCCCCUACCAUAUAUGACCUCCUUGAGCCUCGACAAUUCAUGCCAUCCUCGCGCAUUGCGCAUGGCGACCCUUCGCCCGACCACGCCGACCCCCGGUCAGCCUUCCAGUUCCCUUCGAAUGCCCACCUUGUCAUCACCACGCAGCGGAACGUGCUCUCCUGGGACAGCGAUGGCAUCAACAGCAUCUUCCAAUCCGAAUCUUCGGGGAUCUUCGCGGCCAAGGAAGUGCGAGAUGGAAGUGGGACGCUUGCGGUCGCUGACGGCCAGUCACUGGUAUUGCAGACGGAGCGCAGUUAUCGGCCAAAAGGGAUAGAGGGCAAUAUCCGUCUACUAGAAUUUGCGGAAAAUUCAAGACAGCUUUACUUCACGACGAAUCUUCAUAAUGCGGUGGAGUGCUAUUCAAUCCAGGAGUCGCGAUUGCUGGCCCCUGCGCAUACCCAUCCGUCCCCGCCGACCGUCCUCGCGCUGUCGCGGAAUUCCCAGCUCCUGCUAUCGGCAUCCGAGUCUCCGCCGACGAUAUACCUGCAGAACCUACUCCUUGGAGGACGGCCUUUCCUAUUUCAGCCCGGUGUAUCAGAUACUCCGGUUUCCACCGCGUCAUUCCACCCUGAGCGGCCGCAGGUGUUCCUCCUUUCCUUCAAAGACGGCUCGUUGGCGGCAUAUGACGCUUCCCGGUUAGUCCGCAUGGAUGCCCGCGCAUCCGCGCAGUCUCAUAUAGCCAAGCAAGGACGUGGAGGAGAGAUUGGCCGGUUUGCCCAGCUGCACACUGUCGCACGGCAUGGGAGUGCGCUCUCCGGUAUCGUGGGCGUGAAGUUCUUACCGGGGCAUCGGAGUCGUGCGGUAACGGUCGGCUGCGAUGGAAAAUGCAGGAUAGUGAAUUUCGAUUACGGUGGGAAGAUAUUGAAGACCUGGCAUGUGCAGGGACCGGGGACGUCGCUGUCACUCCUCCCGGAGAAGUGGGACGAGAAAAGGCACUUGGCAGCUUCGACUCGGAGAACAGGCUCGAGGACCAUCGGUGAUGGAGUGUCUCAAGAAAAGAUGGUGAUUGCUGUCGGGCGACAAGAUGGGAAGGUGUUGCUGUUCAGUUCAGAUGGACACUGUCUUUGUGAGAAGGUCAUCAACCCUGAUGGCGGCAGGAUCAUCGAUGUGGAAUGGAUCCAGGGGGAGUCAGCAAAGGUUCCUCCAGGAUCGGCACGACGUGCUCAGAACAUGGCGGAAGAAAUAGUCGACAUUACGGUUGCUCCGGAAAACACGAAAAGCUUCGGAACUAUAGUACGGUCCCCGACUGGCUCCCAUACAUCUUCGAACCCCUUUCCUGGCUGUCAUCAGCUCCAGGCAGCCGCACCAGCUGGAUUAGAAGACGAAACCACUGGGUUACCAGAACCGAAUACAACAAUCAAACACACUACCAGUGCGAACAUGCACGCUUUACUUCCUCCUAUGCCAGGGAACCAUUACAUGGACCUCUUCUCGCCCGUUAAAGGCGAGGUCGUCCGGCGUAAAUCGAAAUCGCCUCCGAAACGAAGCAGCCGCGCCCGUCCGCGUCCACGGAUCUCGAGCACCACAUUUUUGGACGAAGACGAGCCGAGCCAAAGUAAUGCCGAUCGAAUAGCGCUUGGUCCAGCUACCGGAAAUGGUACAAACCUGAAGUAUUCUCCCAUCCCCUCUCCCAUCAGAAAUACACCUGCGAAGGGCUCUCCCCUCAAGCCACCUCACAAGGUCAAUCGCAAGCGGACCCUCGCGUACCGCGUACCGGGCAGAUAUGUCAGCUCGGGAAGCAGCCAGCCCUCUGGAUCGAGUGUGAGCUCGAAGACUAGCAAUAUCCUCGCCGAUUUAAGGCGUGCCGGUGCUGGCGAGGGCAGUAGUCGAUCUCUCUUCGCUCCGUACAUUGAACGACGGGUCUCACAGGCCAGUAGCUCUAGAAACAGCCCUCUGGUGCCAACUCUACCUCCUUCCAGACCGCAGUCAACCACCGUCUCUUUCCAUAACGGCCGUGACGCGUGUCCUCCAGAAGCUCCUCCUGUAUCCGACGACCUCUGGCUCACUGACCUUGACUCAGAUCCUGAAACCGGGUAUACUCGUCACACGUCUUUUCUCCAGAGAAGAUCCAACCGCACACAUAAAUACCGUCGCACGUCAUCAGGGCAGUCUCCACGCAUGUCUUCGCAAGAUACGCCACCUUUCGCGUCAUUGACUACCGGUGGUGGACGGUCAAAUGCUGCCAGCCCAACUGAUGCAUUGUACUAUGAAAGGGAUGAAAUUGAGGAUAACUGCGUCCCCAUUGGCAACGAUGCCAGUUACGAGGCCAGCACGGAAAAGACUUGCACAUGCAAAGGAGAGUAUUGUGGAGAGUUGCGAGAGACCAUCGCUGGGUUGCGCAGCAAAAUCAGGGUCUUAGAAGGCGAUAUGCAGCGUUUAAAAGGAGAGCGGGCAGCAUAAAGAUAGAGAGCAUCUAGAGCUCGGCACGGAUACACGGAUAUCGCGGAGCAUUCGUGGAUAUGGCCUAUCCGGAUAAUUAUCUGUCAAAUCGUUGCGGAUACGGAUAUAGAUCUGAUUAUUCGCGGAUAUCCGUCUGAUCCGCCAAGAGGUAAAAUCGACUAUUUAUAACUAUUUACAUGAAGAGUAAU